GCGUAGCUCCUCCCUCCAGCGCCGGCGUCAUCGUUUCGUUUUCACUGCAGGACUUGCUUUCCGUAAACAGUGACAGACAAACUCAUGACUUGUGUUAUAAUAACCUUACAGUGAAGGGUCUCUCCUCCUGCGCUCCGGACGAAAUCAGAGUGAACCUGAACCUGUGUGGUGAGCUUCACCCGCUGCAGUUGAGAGCUCUUUUCCAGCAUUCCUCAUCCAUGAGUGACUGUAUUCUGUUGGAUCUGGCAGUUGUCAGGGAGGCAGAGAGACCAUGUGCAGAAGAUGAGCAGUGAACAGAGGCCUGGAGCGAGUGUGUUACAGCAUGAACAUCACCACACCGCCCCCUCACCCCAUCAGCGGAGACGCGGCCGUCAGCUACGUGCUGGUCCCCUUCUUCCUCAUCACUGCCCUCGGGGUCGUUGCAGCAGUGGUGAUGUACAUAAGGAGGAAACAGAGGAUUGAUAGACUGCGGCAUCAGCUGCUUCCAGUUUACACCUACGACCCAACCGAAGAGCUGAACGAGGCAGAACAGGAAAUCCUUUGGAAGGAGGAAGACACGAAGGUGGUCCAGGGUUGGAUGAGCACGUAUCAGCAGCGCAGACCCCUGCUCUCAAAGGAUCCCGAUGCAUGAAGAUCAAGGUUUGCCUCAAAGCUGGAGAUUCUGCACAUAAUCUGUGGACCUGCUCAAUAACUAGCCACUCCGUAUACUGUGUCCUCGUCCUGUACUGCAGAUUCACAAGAUGGACAAUUCUGAGCAAGAAGUUACUGAUUUUCCCAAGGAGCUUAAGUGUCAGGAGAAAUCCAGCGGAGACUGAAGACGCGAGCGUUGGGAUCGUAUUAUUCACCUCAGGUCUCUUCCCACAAAUAAGGUCCAGCUGAAGCACAGCUUUACUGUCUGAAAAGCAAGCAGGAUGUGUGUUAGUUUUUAUUUAUUUUAGCUGUAUGUUUUCUGCUGAUGUUCUGUGCUAUUAAAUCCUGUUCAUUUUA